AUGAUCUCCAAGUCUCUCUGCGCCCUGGGUCUCGCCUCCCUCUUUGCCAGCGCCUUAGCUGACGAUCCCAUGGCCGGGUUUGCGACGGAUGACAACACGGUUAAUCAGUACUGCAACAUCAACACUGCUCCGCAGGAAGAGAACUUUGUAUGCUUCCGAUACAGCGGCAACAUCCGAGACCACAUGGCUUCGACCGAUCCCUCAGUGCAUGGAUACGUCAACGCAGCCGGAAGCAGUAAGUCCAAUAUCUUGACACGAGCGCUCGAUGACAAUACGAUGGACGUGGUGAUCAGCUCCAGUGUGCCUUGCCCAGAGGUCAGCACGCUUGACAGCGGUGGCGAAACCAGGGAGUACGAAGGUUGCCCCUGGUCCGAGCCCAUCUUGAUCUUCUAG